CUACUUCUGCCUACAUUUAUUCUAUCAAUCGAGCGUCGAUUGUUUCUCUGUGGGGCCAGCGUUGGUGAAAUUUAUGAUCACAGAGAUCAUGACUUUAAAUCGGUUGUUAUUCCGCUCAGCGUUGGUCAGCAAGACACUGACACGUUCUGCCUUCACUGCAAGAAAGCCGGACAACACAACCCCCAACUGGCUUCGAGUGGGGCUGGCAUUAGGAAGCACUGCAGCUCUCUGGGCUCUGCUGUUCAAGCAACACAGUGAUGAUGUUCAAGAAUACAAAACACGAAAUGGACUGCAGUAAUGACCCCAGGUUCAAUAAUUAUUUUCCAAGAUGCUUUCAAGAAGCAGAACUGGUCAACCACUGCGUUGUUUCUGAUGAAGAUUUGCAUAAUGUAUUUCAUGUUUCAUUCCUGCCCUUGAGUCAGUCAGGAUGUAAUCAAUAAAGUAUUUGUAUUAAAUGUUA